AUGAGUCAACAGUAUUCCGAGAUGUUCCAGGACUACCCGCCGAAUCGAUCACCAGCGUCGAGUCGAGCUUAUGGCAAUAUGACGCUUAACCGCCAAACGUCGCGACAAUUUAUGGAUAAUUAUCAAGCACCUCUUCAAAAUGGAGGAGGCCUCUACACGUCUGAUGAAGCUCCGCAAUAUAACGGAAAUCAAGCUGGUUACAGAGGUCCUACGAGCAACAUUAAUUAUGCCUACGAGAGUCAGACGUGGAACUAUGGAGGUGCAAAUGGAGCUAGCACAAUGGGAACAGCCGGUCGGAUGAGACCUCAACAACAAGCUCGCAGAGCUGAAAUCCCAUCUACCUGGAUGAAUUCAGGCAAUCCUUCCCUCGGUGGUCCUAUUACCCAAACAAGCUUGCAGCAACACAAUAAUCUGCCUGGCAUGUUCGACCAACCUCAACAUUCCCAUCGUUCACCACCUCCUCCAAACCAGCAGAGCGAUCACGAAGAGCUUAUUCCAACCGCCAUCGUUAUCAAGAACAUCCCUUUCGCUGUUAAGAAAGAACAAUUGACAGAAAUGAUGUCUAACAUGGGAUUACCAUUGCCAUAUGCCUUUAACUACCACUUUGAUAAUGGCGUUUUCAGGGGGCUGGCAUUCGCUAACUUCACCGAUGCUCGCGAAACCCAACAAGUCAUCGAUGCGUUAAACCAUAUGGACUUGCAAGGACGAAAGCUUAGAGUUGAGUAUAAAAAGAUGCUUCCAGCGGCGGAGCGCGAUCGAAUUGAACGUGAUAAGAGAGAAAGACGAGGUCAACUAGAGGAGCAACAUCGCGCACCAAACAUGAUUUCCACAGGCUCCCUUCACACUGCGGGAUCUAUGACUUCGAUGAAUUCUGGCCUAAGAACAACAUCCCCUUCACCUGUAAACAUGCGUCAAAAUGUUGUCACACCUAAUAGUAACACCGCAGAAUAUGAUCUGAAUGAUCCAACGACGUUGGGUUAUUACACUGAGCUUCUUCUCUUCAAGAAUGAUCCUGAGAGGGAAGCUUAUACGUUCGCACCUACGGUUUCUCCCGCGGAUCGUAGAAUCAUCCACACUUUGGCACAUAACAUGGGACUAGACCACCAUUCGCAAGGACACGGAGAGCUGCGUCAAGUGCAAAUAAUCAAGACCAAGCACACCAGCCCACCUUUGAAUCAAAUUCAGGCUGGAUAUUACAAUGAAUCCCAACGUCGUGGACUUAACCGAGCUGCAACAAUCGAUUUCAGCGAACAACGAGCCAAUGAUGCUGCUUACCAAAUGCAUACACUCGGCCGACAAGGUUCCGGCCUUCUGGAUAUUCCAGGCUCCCCAGGGGUACGUGACCUAAUUAAUGGUGGUCAAAGUCUACGAGCUGCGAAAUCCUUCGCCGACCUGCGCUCUUAUUCGCCAUCACCUGUGCCAUCGUCAGCGAGCUUCCCAGCUAAUUUGAGCCAGAACAUCGCCAGAUUCCAAGGCAAUGAUUACGGUCUCGGAUCGGUUACAGGCGGAACUCCCAACUUGACACCUACAUCAGCAGGACCAUUGGGUCUUAGAGAGGACGCAUUCCUUGCCAACGGCAUAAGUAACCUGUCGCUUGGAUAUGAUCGUCAACCUCGUUCAACCGUACCUGGACGUAUUGGCCAGGAGAGAGAUAGCUACACAUCAAAUGCUGGUCCUAUCGGAAGCCAGCGUCCUGUCAAUGGAAACGCCGAAGAAAGCUCAAGAAGCAGUUCCAGUGCAGUUCCGGAGAGACAACCAAGAGGUCCUACCAGUGACCAGUGGAGUUCUGGGUUUUCCCGCAAUAGACAGAACGGCCAUGCUAGCAAAGGCAGUGAUGAUUCAUCCGAGCGAAACGGCUUCACCUCCGCUUCUCGAUUCAUGUAA